AUGGUCAAUAUGCUGACUCAUCAAAUGACCACUGUGUUGAAUCCCAUAGUGGAAACGACUAAUACCAGCUAUCAAAUUUUGGCUGAACAAAUGCGUCGAAUUGCUGAAGUUUUUGGGGCACCUCGAGUCCCUAUAAGGCAAGGGCAAAAUGUAGACCAACCCCUAGUUUUUGCUCGAAAUCCAAAUGCUCCAUUUGAGCAAAUUGGUCGAAAUCUCGACCAAAACCUUCUGAGACAAAAUGAGGGUGAUUUCCAUGGAAAUCAACCCUUUAUUAUUGCUCGAAAUCAGGAUGCUGAUGAAAUACUUGAGCAAGUUAGGCAAAAUAAUGUGGGGGGGCAUCAAAUUCAAUAUCCAAACAACCCGAAUCCUCAAAAUAUUGCCAAUGUAGUCGAACAAGUCCUGAAUCAACAUGGGUUCGACGUAGGGUAUGCUAAUAGACCCUACUUUGUCUCAGCAUUCUCUGAGGCAAUUUUGCAGGCUGAACUGCCUCGGGGCUGGAAAGUCCCAAAAUUCACUAAAUUUGCCGGAGAUUCCGGUGAAUCUACAGUAGAACAUAUAACUAGAUACGCCAUAGAAUGUGGAGAUUUAGCUCGAAAUGAAGAUUUAAAGUUAAAGUACUUUCCUAGUUCUUUGACUAAGGGGGCCUUUACCUGGUUCACAACCUUACCCCCGAAUUCAAUUCAUAAUUGGAAUCAAUUAGAAAGAAGGUUUCAUGAACAAUUCUUUCGUGGUGAAGCGAAAGUUAGCUUAAUGGAUCUGGUUAAUAUAAAAAGAAUACAUCAUGAAUCCAUUGAUGAUUAUCUAAGUAGAUUUUGA